AUAAUAGAAAAGAAGAAGAAGAAGAAGAAGCAAUGGGCUAGCUGACAAUGAUUUGAGAUAACCGGGCAACGUAACGUAACUUUACUGAACUUUGUCUGUUUUGAGGUUUUUAACUCCACGUUCACCUUAAUAUCUACAAAUAACUAACAUCACACUGACAGUCGCCUGUAAGUAUCCAUUUUUAUCUAUAUUCAGCGUCUGUCUGUGAGCCAGUGGAGAGGUAUUGCUUUUAGCCAGUCAUUGCUAUGGCCUCCGACAGCGGCGAAAGCAACAUGGAUCGAGAAAUGAUCCUGGCCGACUUUCAGGCUUGCACUGGAAUCGACAACAUCGCGGAGGCAAUCACUCUGUUAGAGCUUAAUAACUGGGAUUUAGUGGCAGCCAUCAAUGGAGUGAUACCACAGGAGAAUGGGAUCUUACAAAGUGACUUUACCAGCGAGGCGAGCCAGGCCACCAUGUACGGCCCCCCCAGCCUCUCAGAAGCAGCCGACGCAGCAGCAAGAAGUGCGGGUCCACCCCCUUCCUCGUCAUCUUCCUCCUCCUCUCCUCCAUCGUCCUCCGCCUCAGCAUUUUGUCCCAUCAGCCCUUCUACCCGACACAUUGUAGAGCGCCAACCUCGCAUGAUAAACUUCAGGGUGGAGUACAGGCAAAGAUCAGUGGAGCUUGUCCUCGAGGAGAGCCGCACAGUUGGAGAAAUUAAAGGAAUCCUCCAGACAGAACUCGGCAUUCCAGCGUCCAAAAUGCAUCUGAAGGGAUGGAAGAGUGGAGACGUGUCAGAUACUACGGUGCUGAGAAGUUUACACCUUCCCAAGAACAACAGCCUGUACGUCCUGACUCCAGACAUCGCCCCUACUGCCAGCACCAGCAAAAACAGUGCACUUCAAGAUUCGCUAAAUCAGAACUUCCUGCUGGUCAUCAGCCACCGUGAGGCUCAGAGGGACUACAACCUCAAUUUUCCCGGCUCCAAAACUAUACAAGAGGUCAAGAGGAACAUUUCGGACUUGACCAACAUCCCAGUCAGGCAUCAGCAGUGGGAGGGAUGGCCUGCGUCGGCGUCCGAUGAUUCUAUGACAUUAGCUCUCUCUGGAAUCAGCUACCCAUGCCAUCACCUCAGUGUUUGUCGAAGAUCUUCACCAGCCAACGCCCAGGAACCCACAGAAGAAUGCACAGAUGUUCAUAUGAUCAGUGACAGCGAGGGGGACGAUUUUGAAGAUGCGUCAGAGUUUGGUGUGGAUGAUUCGGAAAUGUUUGGAAUGGGCACAACAGGCUGCCGGAAAUCACCUAUGAUGCCAGAAAACAGUGAGAACGAAGCGGAUGCCUUACUUCACUUUACUGCCGAAUUUUCUUCAAGAUAUGGAGAGACCCACCCAAUGUUCUAUAUUGGGUCUUUGGAGGCAGCGUCUCAAGAGGCCUUCUAUGGCAAAGCCAGAGAUGUAAGUGAGCUGUUCUAUUGUUCAGACCUCUUAGGAACAAUUUCUUCUUCCAUCUCCUACCUGAGCCAGAACUUCAUCACAUGGGCCUGGGAUGUCACUAAAGAAGCUAACAAAGCCAGACUUCUCACCAUGUGUACGAGGCACUUUGGCAGCGUGGUAACACAGACUAUACGGACAUACAAGACAGACCAGUUCCCGCUGCUCCUUAUAGUUAUGGGCAAACGCACAUCCAACGAAGUUCUAAAUGUUAUUCAAGGCAAUACAACGGUGGACGAGCUGAUGAUGAGGUUAAUGGGAGCGAUGGAGAUUUUCACAGCACAACAGCAAGAAGACAUCAAAGAUGAGGACGAGCGCGAGGCCAGGGAGAUGGUGAAGAGGGAACAGGAUGAAGCCUAUCGCUUGUCUUUAGAGGCUGACAGAAAGAAGAGAGAAGCCCAGGAAAGAGAAGAAGCGGAACAAGUCCGUCUGGAACAGAUGAGAAAAGAGCAGGAGGAGGAGAAGGAGGCGAUUCGUUUGUCGUUGGAGCAGGCUUUACCGCCCGAGCCUGAUGAGGAGUCGGUAGAACAAAUCAGCAAACUGAGAAUCCGCACGCCGAGCGGCGAGUUUCUGGAAAGGCGUUUCCUGGGCAGCUGUCGGCUCCAGGUCCUCUUUGACUUUGUGGCCUCCAAAGGAUUUCCCUUCGAAGAAUUCAAGAUCCUCACCACCUUCCCUCGUAGAAAUAUCACCCAGUUGAAUCCCGGGUCGACUCUGCUGGAGGCCAAGUUGUUUCCUCAGGAGACGCUCUUCCUGGAGGCUAAGGAAUAGGAGCGGACCCUCUGAAUGCUGAGAGAACCCACUCACUGACUAAUGAACUGGCUGGACGCACACUAGUCGCAGAGCGUGGCCCCCUCCUCCUCACAGUCUGGGCUGACAAUACAAACACACAUAUGCUGCCAUCUCUCAGACUACCAUACACUGGCAUGCACAUCCAGUGACACACACACACACACACACACACACACACCUACGCACGCAAACACACACGAUCAAAUAAGCUGUUCUGCCCAAGGCCUGUUUUGUGGUACAUGAAAGUCUGGUGUUGCACAGAGAAGAAAGGACAAUGUCACAAGCACACAGCCAAAUUUUCACCUUCCCCGAAUCUCUGUCCAUCUUCCUCAAUUGUUCACACACCUGACAACUCCAAACUGCUGUGUCAUGGAUCUCUCUCACAACACAGAGAACAAUAACAGUGCUGAGAGACUAAGUAGACAAAUCUUUGUCACAGAAAAAAAAGAGAAUAAAUAAAAAUUAAGGACUUCU